AUGUUAUCUUUGCUGCCACGGGCCACAGCUUCAGUGGCCAGUCUUUUAGAGCACAUGCCGGGCUCUUUGACAGUGUCUCUGAUGAUGGACACCACAUUAUCAUUGCUUACGACGUCCCAAAGGCCAUCACUUGCCAUGACCUGAAAAGAAAGCCAAUCGAGAAAGAAAUAGUUGCAUAAGUGCACAGAGAAUUCGCCUGCAAGACGCAUUCUAGAGAAAGGGCACAGAGUCAACGGUUAUUUGGGGAUUUGGGCGACUCAUAGAGCCUGCCAAUGCAUGCCAACGGUAGCUUUCUAAUGGAAACUUCAUUGCCAGGAACUAUAACGAGGAUGAAGGAAAUCUGAUGGUCCACAGCUACUCUAGAUUAUUCUAAUUUUGCAUGGUUUGGUACGAGAUAAUGCAGGUUUAUGGCUGAAAUAUUAUGAUACAACCUAGCUCAAAAUGCUGGUGCACAUGGUAAACAAUUAUUUGAUAUGCCAUUUUAUAUAAUUAAUAUUAUAAAAUGCCAUUUUUUAUAUUAAUUACAUAAAAUAUCUCAUAUAUGACGAUGGUUAACGUGUGAAAGCAUUUUUCUCUUGUUAUAGCUUACAUCAUAUCUAUACUCAUGAAAUAUCUCAUAUAUGAUUUGUUGGUCAGUGACAUAUCUAGUGGAAGCCACAGUGGUGAAACCAGAUACAACAGAUCAUAUCUCAUGAAGAGAUCCCUUUUCACUUUCAAUCUUCAGCAACAAUACAACAGCAACAGACUGAACAGAAUAAUAGACCCUAAGAGACGUUCUAUAGCUUUAGUGCAGAAUCAGGUGAGGUUCACGGAUCACGUUGGAUUUAUUUUGACCUUCUUCUGAUAUCGGUAUUUGAUACCGAAAUAUACGGUUUAGAAAAGGUCAAAGAUGAAAGCUAAUAAUCUGGGAACUUUCAGUUGCAACUGCAUAAGUAUGUAAAUAUGUCCCGAAAUCAAUCUUUCUCGGUAUGACAGGUUACAUCCUAAGUUUUAUCCCUUAGCACAUGCAAGCCACGGUGGUGAAGCCAGAUAAGACAGUGCCUGCUGUAUAAAUUAUGCCGAUUUUUCUGCAGAAAGCAUUAUAAAUGAAAGCAUUGCCGAUAAAUAUUACAAGUCCUUAUGGUAAAAUGAAUCUUCUGAAUCAUAUUACGCAGAAUAGCAUGUGAUUUUAAGCCCAUUUAGAAUUGAAUCCUUUUCACUGCCAAGGUACCAAUUCCAUGCUACCUGAUUCUUCCAGUGUAUAGAGCAGAUUUCAGGUCAUGAGCUGAUGCUUACGGAAAGUCAGCAACUGACUUUCUAUGUCCCAGAUCAGGAGCCUCACAGAAAUCCUUGUGAAAAGGAUUCUUGAAAUCAUGCCCAGCAAAGUUGAGCAUGUUUAAACAUGGAUGCUUUUUAUCCAUCGGCACAAGGUGCAGGACCCCUAGAUUUUCAUUAAUGCUCCUGACAAUAAAGCAUUCAGAACAUCGUCUGCUGUCUCUUAAGGCUGUUAGCGAUAAUUGAAGAUGAUUCGCAUUUUAAAAAGGUAAGAGACGAGAUUCUUCAAAAAAUUUAAGAAAAAAAGGACCAAUUUUUUUUCUAUAGCCAUCUACUUCGCCUGAGAAGAUAAAAUUUAAGGAAAAUUUAUGAACAUUUAUUGAAGUAUAAAAUGAAUUGAUUGGCGAUCUACAUUCAUCUAGAUGAAUUUAAACUGCUUACCAAAUAUUCAUCAUCUGCUGAUAGAGAAGUCUCAGUUAUUUCAGGCUCAGCAGUUACAGCUGGCUUCAAAUCAUCAUCACCAAUUGAUCUCGUCACCUGCUCAGCCAAAGGUAUGCCGGUCAAAGUAGAAGCUCAAUAUAAAAUCAUUUAUGAAAUUGAAUAUAUUUUCAAUUUGACGAUGCAUGACACUUCAUUAAGAUUAAAAAAAUGGCCGCGAAUAAAUAUGUUGCGCACAUGGGAUUAG